ACUUCCUUAUUUAGCCGCUCUGCGAGUCUCAUUCUGUCUUGUUUCUCAUGCUUUCUGUAAUGGAGCUGUUCAUCAUCGUUGCUCUUCAUCUUCUCAUGACGGUUCAGUCUUCAGAAGGCCCUAAUAUGAAAGUGUCUCCAGAUGUUGUGAGAGAGUCAAACUCUGUUCAUCUGAACUGUGAGAGUCCAGCAGAUGUGACAGUAAUUCAGUGUUAUUUCUAUGCAAAUGGAGAAAAAUAUAAAAAUAUAAAACUCAGUUCAUCAUGUGAUCUUAGUCUCACUGGGGCUGAAGUUCUCUCAUGGACGGGUUUAAAAUCCCCUGUAUCACUAGACAUUGCUUGUUACUACACAACAGAUGUGAGCGGAGUUAAUAAACCAUCAGAUCACCCUACUGCCACACUGACAAUACUGGAUCCUCUUGUUAAACCCAUCAUGAGUGUUGAUGACAGCGCUUCCAUACUCAAUAUCUCAUGUUUAAUCCCAGAGUCAGUCAGAACUGAUUUCACCUGUAAUCUCUACACUGAAGAUGGACCUCUCAGACACAGACAUCAUUCUCACAGAUCACAGUCUGGAGAUCACUACUGUGUGUUCUUCAUAAGUCUAAGUGAAAUAUUCACACAUAAGCAAACAGUGAACAGACACUUGAGUUGUGAUUAUUCAGUCAGAACAGAUCCUGAGAUGAACCUCACAUCACCACGCAGUGAUCUGUACACUAUCAGAGGUUUUCCUCAGGCUGUGUUGACAGUGUCUCCUUCAGUGAUCACAGACACAGACACAGUUCAGAUGAACUGUUUGAACAGAGAGAGUCUGAAUAUGGACACGUGUUUCUUCACUGUAGAUGGAAUGGAAAGUAACAUGAAAGAGAGCAGAUCAUGUCAUCUGUCACUCACUGAAUCUGACAUCAUUCAUUGGUCGGGAGGUCAGAGGUCAUCUAUCAUCAUAACCUGUUACUACACUGUGUUUAAAUCACAAGUUCUCUUGCCUUCUCCACAAUCUGAACCAGUAACAGUGGCUGUCUGGAAGUUGUUUAAGGCCGUGUUGACAGCAUCUUCAUCAGUGAUCACAGACACAGACACAGUUCAGAUUGACUGUAAGAACAGAGACAAUCUGAAGAUGGACACGUGUUUCUUCAUAAUAGAUAGAAGUCGCAUACAAGAGAAAAGAUCAUGUCAACUGUCACUCACUGGAUAUGACAUCAUUCAUGGGUCAGGAGGUCAGAGGUCAUCUGUCUCCAUAACCUGCUUCUACAGUGGCCAAUCACAUGGCUUUGAAUCAUCUCCACAUUCUGAUCCAGUAACCGUAACAGUUCAGACUGGUCCUCGGACCACUCGAGAUUCAGCGGCGAUUUCUCAAGAAAUGUGGAUAAAAAUCCUGUCGGGAGCGGUGUGCUCUGUGUUUGUACUCACAGGACUCAUCUGUCUGUGGCGAUGCAUGUGCAAGAAUAGAAAAAAACGUCAAGGACCUGCCGUAGAGACAUGUGUUUCUGGACCUGAAGAGUCCUUCUCUAUGAUCACUUCUGUGCAGUACACAUGUCAACAUACGGGUCUCAAGCUUCCACAGUCACUCCAGGAUAGCAAAUCAGGUCCUUUACUUAUCACCUUAUUUACGCCUACAGAAUGUUCACCACAUGUACUGCACCAUCCCGGAUAAACCAGUAAAAGAUUCUGCUGGAGGUCAGAACUACAGUUUGGCUUUCUGAAGUUCACUUAAGGCCCAUUAUUUCCUUUUUCAAUUUCAUCGCAUGCUUU